AUGGCGUGUUACCGAAAUAGAAACAGAGAUGGAAAUGGAAAUGGAAAUGGGAAUGGAAAUGGAAAUGGAAAUUGUUCUGUAAAGUCAUCCACGGAAAAGCCCACUCAACUCAAACUGAUCAAUCGCAUCAACGAGAAGCGGACUUUCCAACCCGAAACCGAAGAGAGCGCAUGUAUUUUCACACCAAGUGACUUGUAA